AUGGACGCCAAGUGGGCCGUGGGCAUUGGCGUUGACCUGAACGCCCCGCCGCCCACCGGAGACGACGACUGGCGCGCCCAGUUCCAGCCCGAGGCGCGCAGCAGGGUCGUCAACAAGAUAAUGGAAUGUCUGAAGAAGCAUCUGCCGGUAUCAGUGCCAGAGGGACUGAACGAACUUCAAAUCAUCGCGGUGCGGUUCGAAGAUAAGAUCUAUACUGCAGCGACCAGCCAGUCUGAUUAUUUGCGGAAGAUCUCUCUGAAAAUGCUAUCUAUGGAGACAAAGGCACAACAGGCUCCUGGAAAUGCUCAAGUGAUUCCAAAUCAAAUGAACCUCGGUCAAGCAUCAUGUUUAAGAAUGCCCGACGGAACCCCCUGGCGGCCCACCCAGGGGCCAGACCCCGCUGCAGUCGCUGCUGCCGACGCCGCCGCCACUGCUGCCGCUGGCGUUGACCCGAACGCCCCGGCCCCCACCGGAGGCGAUUGGCGCCCCCAACUUCAGCCUGAGGCGCGCAGCAGGAUCGUCAAUAAGAUAAUGGAAUGUCUGAAGAAGCAUCUGCCAGUAUCAGUGCCAGAGGGACUGAACGAACUUCAAAAAAUCGCUGUGCGAAGCGAAGAGAAGAUCUAUACUGCAGCCACCAGCCAGUCUGAUUAUUUGCGGAAGAUUUCUCUGAAAAUACAAUCUAUGGAGAAGAACACAUAA